AUGUCUGUAUCUACAGUCGCUACUGCAACGGUAGCAAAGCCAAGGACGAGGAAAUCACGACCGAUUCUUGAGUCGCCACCAGACGAUACCAUCCGACGGGAGCCUGGAAAGGAAGACUUCUUUUGGACAUAUACAGAAGAACCGCACAUGACGAGAAGACGGGCUAUAAUCAAAGCUCAUCCAGAGGUCACCAAGCUCUGCGGGCCAGAGCCACUCACCAAAUACGUCGUACUUUUUGUCGUAUCCCUCCAGAUCCUCUGCGCUUAUCUCCUCCGAGCGACCCCCUUCCUCUCCUGGCCCUUCUUCCUCACCGCCUACCUCGUCGGCGCUACCGCCAACCAGAACCUCUUCCUCGCCAUCCACGAAAUAUCCCACAAUCUCGCCUUCCGCUCCCCGCUCGCCAACCGCCUCCUCGCCAUCUUUGCCAACCUCCCGAUCGGUAUCCCGUAUAGCGCAUCGUUCCGUCCUUACCACCUCACGCACCACAAGUCGCUGGGCGUCGACGGCGUCGAUGUUGAUCUUCCCACCGCGUUCGAGGCGAUCUUCCUGGACUCGGUGCUCGGAAAAGCGUUCUUCUGUACCUGCCAGAUCCUCUUCUAUGCGCUCCGGCCGAUGUUCAUCUAUCAGCUACCGUUCACGAAGAUCCAUGCUCUGAAUAUUUUGGUACAGGUGGUAUUUGACUACAUCCUCGUGCGGACUUGUGGAGCCCGCGCGCUAGCAUACCUGAUUCUCAGCUCCUUCCUCGCGGGGAGCCUACACCCGUGCGCUGGACACUUCAUUGCGGAGCACUACGUCUUCAAACGCCUCUCAAAUCCCGCACCCGGAUCUGCAGCGGCAGACGCGCCGGUGCCAGAGACGUACUCCUAUUACGGCGUGCUAAACUUCCUCACGUACAACGUCGGGCUCCACAACGAGCACCACGACUUCCCCGCCGUCCCAUGGACGCGUCUCCCCAAGCUAUACGAGAUGGCGAAGGAGUUCUACGUGGACUUGCCGCAACAUAAGAGCUGGACUUACGUGCUGUGGCAGUUCGUCUUAGAUAAGGAGGUGGGGAUGUGGUGUCGGGUGAAGAGGGCGGAGGGUGGCCGGAAGGUGGGUGGUGGUGGGUCGUGGAGGGAGGAUGAAUUGGGGGCGAACGAGACGAAGGGGGGACACAUUCCGGGUGUGAAAUAA